AGUAAAAGUAUCAUCAUGUAGAAUGGCUCAUUUCAGAAUAUUGUGUAUUAUGAUUACUAAUGUACAUGUGUCUGCUAUAUUUGACACUGGGUAACAAAUACACUCACAGGGGGUAUUUUUCUGCAUUGAGUACUAUUACUCUUGAUAUUUGAAUGCAUUUUGUUAAUUUUGCAUUCUCACUUUUACUUUACUUUUUCUAAAGUGGCUGAAAACCUUCUCCACAUCUGUUUAAAGCUCAAUGAGAUUAAAACACAUAGAAAAAUAGAUUCAAUUAAAUAAAUACAUAUAUUCAUAGACAAACUGUUGUAAACAUGGACAUUCUAUUUGAACACAGAACUGUUAGAUCACAGAGAGUUCUAUUAGAACACACAGUUGUAUUAGAGAGUUCUGUGACAUCACAGAGAAUUCUGCAAACACAGUACUUCUCUCAUCUCAGAGUUCAGUUUUAUUCUCCUCAGUGAAGUGACUUAGUAUUUUUACUAAACUACAAACAUCUCAAGAGAAAAACACAUUGACAAGACUUGAUCCGAAAACAAGAAAAGAAAGAGAGGAAGCAAGGAAACCCUGCUCAUCUCAAGAUGUCUGAAGAGAGACAGGACACCGCUCCAAGCAGCAUGGACAAAGCCGUAGAGAAGAUCGCUGACACCCUCGUUUUAGACGUCAUUGAACAGGUUGCUGCGAAUCUCUGGUGAAGCUGCUACAAAAUGUUUGCCGCUGGGAUUCAAAGGAGCAUGCCACAUCCAAGGAUAACAAAGAUGGAUCCUCAGGUGGUUCUCUCAUCCAACAGAAGGUCCAGCAACACCUGGAGAAGUUUUUCGCUAUGCGGCAGGUGUUUGCUGAGCAUCGUGGGAACAGUCUAGAGGACGGAGAGGUCACAGAGGAAGACACCUCUCCAGCUACAUCUGAGGUGAUAGUUACACCUGGUUCUCAGGAGAGCACCAAAUCAGCCAACAAAGCCAAGAAACCAGUUGCCAUGCCAUUCAUGAACAAGCUGAAGUUGGUGUGGAAGAGCCACUUUGGCAGAAAGCAUAGCAAGAAGGUCAAAAGGACUUCUGAUAGACACCUGAGCUCCAGUCCUGAGGAGCAGUCUAUGGAUGAAGAGGACACCAUAGAGAGUGUGAGAGAACAAGAAGCCUCCAUCAGCUUGUUUCUGUCAACCAAACAGGUGGAUGAAGUUCCUAAGCCAAAGAGUGAACUUCUGGCUGAAACUCAAACCAAUUUCCAGGAGGAGAUGAGACACGAUGAGGUUCUAAGGGCUGCUGCCGACACUGAGGGGGAGGUGUUUACCCCUGACCUGGUAGACAGCUGCUCUCAGGCCUUUGAAAAAGCCUCCAGUCAGACUUCCCUGGUGCAGACAAUUCAAGUCUUGCCCAUCAAAGACCAGGAAGAUAUUGACACAACUAAGGUUGAUGGACAGACCAUAAAAAAACCUCUAGAGUCAGAAAAAGAGGGAGAAGAUAAAGAGAGCAAGGAAAUCAGGAUCCCAGAGACAGGAUCAUCCUCCAGACUCUCCAGCAGGUCAGAGGAGAGCAAGAAGGCAGCUUCCUCUGCUUCCCCUCCCCGCAUCCCCCCAGCCAUCUAUGAGGCAGCAAACAUGAUUGUCAGCCAAGUCAUUGAGCAGGCUAUCAGGAUACUGGAGUCUGAGGCCAAAACCAAGAGAUCAGCCAGUACAACCAUCUUCAAAACACUGAAGACUGCGUGGAAAAAACGCUUUGGCAAGAGGCAGAGAAAUAAGGUUGCACCAGCUUCACAGGAUGAGGCUCAAGCUGAGUCUUUUGGUCUGGAAGAACUGUUUGCCGAGCCUGUCGGGUUGAAACCUGCAGAGGACGACAGGACAGGACCUUCAGAAGAGGAUGGGUGUACUGUGGUUUCCCAGGGAGGAAAUGAAGCAGCAGCAGACCAGACAGUUGUCAUGAAUUCCACCACCAUGUCUCUCAUGAUAAUGAGAUUCUUCCAGGGACUCACUGAAGAGCAAUGGAGGGAAGUCAGCGAGGGCGUUUUCAAUCGAGACGUGAAGGAGAAGCUGAUUGACAUGUGCGUGGAUGUGCUGAAGUUCACUUCAGACUCAGUCAUUAAAAAUGUCUUCGGAGUCACUCGCUCAGUCAUCCACCACAUCCGACACCCUCACCCUGAAGACCUCCCAUGACAUCCAGAGAAGUGUGGAGCGCUCCUUCAGCCAGGCUGUCCGUAAUAUCGUUGGGACAGAUAUCCCUGUUAGGAUUUCACCUGAAUUCACAGAGACCAUAGCGACUGAGGAAUUUGAAGUGGUCACCCCGCUUUUCUCCGUGGCCAUACAAGCCUCAGUGGAUGAACGGUCUGCGAUUGUCACUGCUCCUGCCAGCCUCCAGGUGUCAAAGGACAAAGCAGCCAAGAAGACUCUGGCAGGAGCUAUUUCCACCAUGAAAUCCCUCCUUACAGGACGAGGUGCUGUGAUCAAAAAGAGGGUUAUGUCGCAACAAGGGUUGGAGCCUAACAAAGAUGAAGAGACAGCAGCCAGAGGACGUAACAAAAAGAAAAAUGAAUCUGUGUGGAGGAGGUGUUUUAGACCAAGGAGAAGGAUCCAGCCAUUUACACAGGAGGAUUCCCGCUCUUCUCUGGCAACAUCCUCCAUCACAGAGGACCCACCCCUGGCUGAAACCACGACUGGUGCAAUCCAAGAGGAGGAAGAGACCAAGAGAAACAGCUUCUGCGGUGUCUUCUCCAACAUCUCCUCAAAGGUAAUAAAACCUCCUUAAGACCAAAUAAGGAGUUCAGUUGUCUUUGACUUAAAGACAUCUGAUCACUGUUGUAUUUUUGUUGAACUGUAUCCUUUUAUUUUUCUUUUAUACUGAUGUGUUGUUUUUUAUCACUAGAAAAAGAAUGAGAAGAAGAAAAAGGAGCAGAAGACUCAGUCCAAAAAACUUCCUCUUUGGAUGCGGCUGUUCUGCAGUCCAUACACGUGUCCACGCUGCCGCUCCUCCCUUAAGCUGCAGCCACCUCUCUUCUCCACCCCCUUUCUUUUCUCAAACCCCUCUACCCUAUUCCCCCUUUCUCUCUCUCCUCUAUACCCUCCUCUUCACCCUACCCUAUUCCCCCUUCCUCUCCCUCCUCUACUCUAUUUGUCCUUCUCUCCUUCCUUUCCACCCCUCUAACCCCCCUUCUCUCACUCCCUUAACCUUUCUCAACCCCCACCCUUUCUCUUUCCCCUCUAAACAUCUCUCUCUCUUUCCCUCUCAACCCAACCGGUCGAGGCAGAUGGCCGUCCACCAAGAGCCCAGGUUCUGCUCGAGGUUUCUACCUGUUAGAAGGGAGUUUUUCCUCGCCGCUGUUGCCACAAGUGCUUGCUCUUGGGGGAAUGUUGGGUCUCUUUUUCUGGCCCCACUCAAAAACUUUUCAAUCUGGCUUUAAUAAAAUUAACUUCAAUUAAAUAUUCUGAAGACUGGGAGUUUUUAGUCACUGUCUUUCUCUUUCCACUGUAUAAAAACUGAUUUUCUCCAAAGUUUUCUUUAAAGUCUUACAGUCCUGUACCUUAGAAGCUGCAGUGUUAUGCUCACCUGUAGAGGCGGUAAUAUUGAAUGAAUGACAGAUGCAGCACUUCAGUGAUGGGACAGGACAUGAAACUCUCCUGGUUAAAUCAUCAAUGCAAAAAAUUAACAACAGUGCAAUUUGUAGGGACUUGACAAAUAGAAUAGCAAUAGACACAUACAUUUAAAUGAAAACUAAUAUAAAUAAACAACUACAUUAAAAUGAAUGCAUUAUGUGAACAAAAAUAAACAUACUUUAAAAAAAUAAAAGAGAAAAUAAGUUUUAACAAUUAACCAGUCUUUUUUCAAGAAAUUAUUUCAGUAUACUUCUGACUACUGUCACCAUGAGCCUUGCAGAGAGGGACAUCAGGUCCACACACACUGGACAUUAAUCCAAGCCUUCAGUGCUGACCAAAACAGAACAAAUUCUUUCUACUCAUGAUUGUACAGCAAGUUCCAUCAAUACCUACUCACCCACAGAGAGAUGAUAAUGUUUUCCAAAGUUAGCUUAGAUGUGAGAAUAAAGCAUCAGCUGAACCUUUUCCAAGUAGAAAUUAAACAAACAAACAAACAAACAAACCAAAAAGUGAAAUAGCUCACUUUAUGUGGCAGAAAUCCCCACU